AUGGACUACUCCGCCAUCUCGCACGAUCCCGACCAUCCUACAGGCACCUCGCCCUGGGCUUCGCCCCGACCAACGCAAACUACUUUUGCCGCGACGAGCGAUAUCCCCUCGUCUCCGUUACCCCCGCAAGAGCAUUCCCCUUACGGCGCCGAUAGGGAGCCGCAGCCUGCCGACGGGUCGGGCGCCAGAGAAGAUGGAUUCGGUCCCCCGAACUUGUCUGGCCAACUGCAGAACACCCAUCUCGGUGGUGCCAAUGCUGGAGAGCAACCGUCGCAUGGUGCCCAACAGCAACAGCCCCAGGCUCAGCACCCACGAUCCCAGAUCCCGGCUCGUUACCAAACCGGACCCAGACAGAAUGCCAGGCCCCCUGCUCCGGCCUAUAAAAUACAGGCGAAGAUUACUGGGUUAGAGCGAACUGGCAAGAAGGAUCCUAUCCUGCGCUUCGAUGUCCACACCAAUGUCCCCAAGUUUAGAACCACCCAAUACCGUGAUGUUCGACGCACCCAUAGCGAGUUUGUGAAGCUAGCCGAUCACCUUAUCUCCGCCAAUCCCGAGACCUUCGUACCCGCCGUACCAUCCCCAUUGACCCCGGCCGGGGCCGGAACCGAAGAAGAUGAAAUUCGGGUUAAAGCCUCGAUGCAGCGGUGGCUGAAUGUGGUUCUGAGCAAUGAGGUAUUAAUUCACGACGACGAAGUGAUCCUGUUUGUGGAGAGUGAUUUUGGGUACAGUCCUGUGGUGCGCAUGAAGCAACCCGCCACCGGUGUCCGGAGGAAGGUCUUGAAGCAAUUCGCGCCCCCUCCGGACGACACCCCGGAACUACAGAAUGCCCGACCUACUGUCAAAAUGUUCUAUCUGGGUGCUAUGGAUGCCAGUCACAAGGUUGAUCGCGUGGUUAAGGGCCGCAGAGGUUUGGGUCUUGCUGAAUCCGACUUCGGCGUCAAGCUGGGCCAGAUGCACGUGCAGGAGACGCAUCCGGGACUAGCCAAUGCUUAUCGAAAGCUGGGAAAGGUCAUUCAGACGGUCGGAGAUUUCCAUGCUGUUCAGGCGACCGCGGAAGCUACCACCCUUGGAGAUCCCCUUAGCUACCAUUCCUCGGACGCCUUUAUUGUCAAGGAAACUCUUACGAACCGUCAUAUCCUGCUGCGAGAGUUGAUUCAAGCUCAACAAGCUACUCGCAGCAAACGCGCUGCCGCCGACCGGCUCAAGGUCAGCUCCUCUGUGCGCCCCGACAAAGUUGAUGAGGCUAUCAAUGCGUUGGAUGAGGCGCAAAGCCACGAGGACUUUUUGACCAAGAGGACUCAGCGCGUCACGUCGAAUCUGCUGCUGGAGAAACAGCGCUGGUUUGAGCGAACAUCCAGUGACCUGCUCGCUGGCUUGCGCGAGUAUACUCUACGUCAAAUUGAAUCGGAGCGCCGCACCCUGGCCACCCUCGAGAGUGUUCGACCCGAUAUUCGGGCAAUUGAUGCCUCUGGAGGACUAAGUCGUCUGGGCCGUGAAUCUCAUCCUGCUGCCCGACGAUCGAAUUUGGGCUCGAGCCAAGGCCCUAAGGGCGACGCAUGGAGCGGAAUCCCUCGUCGCAGCGAUAGUCUUGGACGUAGCAUGAGCGGCAGCUUUGUUGCACCUCCCCUGGAUGAUGACGAAGAAACGAAUGGCAGUGGAAGUGCCAAGGGUCGAUUGCGCUCGGCCAGCGGGGUGAGUUCGAUCGCUGAGGAGGACGACGAGGACCGGUUGGACGCGCGCAAUGCGGCGAGUCGCCUAGCCACGAGUACCUUUUAG